AUGGCGGAAUCAGAGUUGACCCUCUUGGCCUUCUAUGGAGUAUCUUCCCCUUGGGCCUACUUGGGUGCAGAAAGGAUGGUUGCUAUCGCAAAGCAGCGCAGUGCGAAGCUCGUCCACCGUCCAAUUCGUGUCAUUCAGGCAAAUGGAGGCAUCCCCCUCAGAACUCGACCUGACAGCCGGCAACAAUACCACGAGGUCGAGCUCGAUCGCUGGAGGAAAUACCUUGGUAUUCCCCUCAAUCUCAAGCCAAAAUUUUACCCGUGCCGAACUAUUGAGACUGCAGCGCAAGCUAUCAUAGCGCUUCAAAAAGCCGGUUACGAUGCCUCGGGGUUCUCAUUCGCGGUUCAACGUGCGCUGUGGGCGGAAGACCGCGACAUUGCGGACCUGGCUACCCUGAAGGAAGUCGCAACGGCCACGCUGGGUCCAGAAGCCGCUGAGCUGGUCAUCGAGCCGCAAAACCCGGAUAUAGUGGCUGAUUGGCAAGAAAAUCUGGCGGAAGCUGAGCGCAGGGGAAUAUUUGGUACGCCUACUUAUGUUGUGGACGAUGAACUCUUCUGGGGACAGGACCGACUGGACUUUGUCGAUCGCGCACUGGUUGCUGCUACGGCUAGGCGGGAGGCGAAGGAGAAGUGA